CCACACCCACACCACACCCGCGGCCCUCAAAAACCUUAUUAUUAUUUUGGCGCACUUUUUUGGGUGUUCUUAACCUUUCUUCUUUGUGUUCGUGAGUGUUCGUGGGUGUUCUUUGGGUGUUCGUAGGUGUUCGUGGAUGUUCGCGUCGUGGCUGUUCGUGGGUGUUCGCGUCUUUUAGCAAUACCCGAGAUUUUUUGAAGAUUCAGGAAAGGUGACUACUAAAGUGGAGCUUUUUAGUGCUCAAUAUACCCAUUCCAUACUUAAAAUAAAAUGAAGUUCCCUAGGUGACAGAAUAUAGAAUGUCCACAAGUGUGGACAUUAGGCGGGAACAACAUGAAAAACGCAAUUUUUUCUCGGUGUUACCGGAACUUGUUCUGUCAAAAUUCAAAAUUUUGAGAAAACCAGGGUCAUAUUGAGAAUCAGGAUCGCAUGACGUGGGUCUCAGUGUUUUGAGGAAUAUUUGGGAUCUGAAUUUUGGUUUUGGAUUUUUGAAAAAAACGAAAAACUUCAAGGUCAUUCAACUCCUGCGCCCAUGGCAUUCGACCCAGUUCUUGAUCCUGAAUCUGAAUAUGACCUUGUUUUUGUCAAAAUGUUGAAUUUUGAUCGAGAAAAUGGUAAAGUACAGGUCCAAUUUCAGAGUUUUUCACACUGAACUCAUAAAAAUUGAAUUUUUCGACAACCAAGUUUAAUUUUUUCAAAAUCGGUACAUACUUUUUUUUCUCGUAAGUGUAUAAGUGAGAAUGAAGUAUGAAAGAGAAUUUUAUCUUCCAAAUCCGAGGACUAGAUAUCCUGACCGUCUUCAACGGUUCUCGAAAUCAAUUUGAGUUUUAAAAUUUCCAAAAUCCGUUUUUGAUGGAGAGUAAGAAAAAAAUUUUUUUGGAAUUUUAAAAAUAGAAUGAAUGGUUGAAUUUUGAGUUUUAUUCAAAAUUUCGCCUAUUUUCACCUAUUUUUGAAAAAUCGAUAUUUAAAAUGUUUUUAACUGAAAAAUGUGUUCCAAAAUUGGGAGAUUAACUUUUUUCUAUGCAACCCGAUGUGCUCUAUCCAACUAUGACAAAAAACGAAAAAUAAAAUUCUGCACCUUAAAAGAAAAGAAGAGAAAGAAAGACUGUGUAUAUUUUUAAAAAUUAGUACUUUCUAUGUCACUUCCCCCUAAUGUCCACAGAUGUGGAUAUUUACGGUGCAUCAGGACAACUUCACAGAAAAUUUCUUUUCUUUUGUAAUUGUAGAAAGAAUCCUUGUAGCAAUAGUUAUCUACCACUACAUCUGAAAAUCUUUGUAUUGCUAAAGAUAUGGAAAAAGCUUUUAAAAAAAUUUGAAAUUUGAAACUCUUUAAUUUAAAAAGUUAAUUAUCUCAGUCAAGUUCCAUAGAAAAAAAUUUCUUUUUUAUCAAUCGCCACGAGUGUGGGCAUCCGGGGAUAAAGGGUUAAAUAAAUUCCUACUUUUUGAUCUUUUAAUUUUUUAAGACGAUGUUAAGCUACAGAGCAUUCACUUUUCGUCCGUCAUCAUUUUGUCAUUUUCACUUUCGUCUAACUGUUGGAAUAACAUCAUGUAGAUCUUUUUAAUGCUCAUGAAAUACUGGGGUUAGUUUUUUAACUGUUCUUAUGACUUUCUCUAAACCAUCAGCUUUCUCGCACAACGAUAUCAUUAGCAUACAUUAGAUUUGAUAUGCUCAAUUCGACUUAUAUUUGCGACUCACUUCCUCUUCUUUCGUUAAUGCUUAAUUUUUUUGUCUCGAACUUGUGUCAAUACGGUGAGAGUAUUUCUUCUUCUUCUAUUAGAAAAUAUCGCUACUCAUGUUCAUUUUAAGGUGCGAAACAUUUCAUUGUGUCCAAGGAUGAAGAGCAAAUGAAAGCAGCAGCGAAUUCGUUUGAUUUUAUAAUUAACGCUGUCUCAGCAAAUCAUGACAUUAUGCCAAUAGUGAAUUUAUUAGCAUUUGAAGGCGUUUUGUGCAUGAUAGGAGCGCCGGCUCAACCAUUACAAAUAUCAGCUAUAAACUUGCUCAUGAAACGACCAAAAAUAACUGGUAGUUUAAUCGGCGGUAUGAAAGAAACACAAGAAAUGUUAAAUUUUUGUGCAAAACAUUCUGUUAAAUGUGAGAUCGAACUACUACAAGCAACGCCUCAAAAUUUGGCAAUAGCAUAUGAACGAACAUUGGCGAGCGACGUUAAAUAUCGAUUUGUUCUCGAUAUGGAAAACGCAUUUAAAUGA